CCCCCAUCCUCGAGACGCUCAUUUAGGCGGCCGCCGCGCCUCUCCCAGCGCCACAUUCCCCGCCGCUCCGUCACCGAGUCGACACUGGAGCGCGCUGGUCGCUCCGCGCCGUGCGAUCCCUGCGUCUCGGCACCACGCGACCCCUAGGCGACUGACACCGCUCAGAGUGCCGGACUCAACCGCGGCAUCCAUCGCAGGACCAGCAGGAGGGAGGAGGGCGCUGCUUGUUAGCCGAAGCUCUCCUCCGCUCGCUCACUCUACGCGCGCUCCGACGCCCCCCCCCCACCCCGAAACGCGACUCCGCUGGGGAGAACCGAACGUGGAGACGAAGAGGAAGACGCUCGCGUCCAAUGAAUGCCGCCGCCGUCUUCCCGUGGGACCUGCUGGGCCCGAGUCCGGUCGGUGUGGAGCCAUUGCGGGCGGCCGCUCUGCGACUCGCGCCGCGACCGCCGCCUCCAGACGGCGGUAGCGGCGCGAGUCCCGCAGCCUUCCCACGCCACGUGGGGCCGCAGGGAGGACGAGGGGAGAAGCGGAAGCUGCGAAAGGCCCUGGUGGAGAAGGACAGACGGCACCGCAUGAACGAGAGCUUCCACGAGCUCAAGCAGCUCAUGCUGCGUUUCUGCGACGGCGGGGCGGAAGCAGCAACAAAGAAGCAGCAGCAGCAGGCGCAGGCGUGCGCCUCACAGCAGCAGCAGCAGGACCGCAGGCUGGAGAAGGCGGAUGUCCUGGAAGGAGCCGUCGCUUUCAUCCGCUCGUCCAUCCUGGCUGUGCAGGAUCGCGGCCUGGAGGCGCUCACAGUGCAGCCACAGCAGCCAGGCGCAGCCGCUCUCCAGCAGCAGCUGGAGGCAGCUACGAAGCCUCCUGGCGCAGCGCGGACACGCGUCCCAACGCCGGCCUCGUCCCCGGCCUCCCCGGACCUCGCUACCGCGCAGGUGGCGCGCGGGCCCCACGGAUGCGAGCAGCAGCAGCGGCGGCGGCACGGGAGAGGAGGAGCCGUGAAGGUGCUGAAGGCGGAGCUGGGAGUCGGCGUGUGGAGGCCAUGGUGACGCUGUGGUCGAGCCAGGCCUUGACUGAGGCGUGCGUAAUGGGUGCGCUUCAUCACGACUAUGACUACUACAAUACUACUACAGUACUACUAGUUGUACUACUACAAGUAGUACAACUUGUACUACUACAAGUAGUACAACUACUCGUGGUGGCUUCACGACGGCCUCGCCGUGCGCGCGAUGCGAGUCCCUGCAGGGCACGCGGUGCCCGUGUCGCAUUUCUCUUUCACUUCAUCUAUGAACCGUCUGUAAUUUCUACUGUUACCUGCUGCCUAUUAUUUAUAAUUGUUUUGAUAAUUUAUUUCCAUUCAUAUUGAAUACUUAAUUUUUGAGAGCUUGUAUGACUGUAUGCCUUUUAAUACUCGUUUGUAUAGUCUGCAAAGGACAGGCAUAUUGGUAUGUCAAAUGCAUUUGUCUUUUAACAUAUUGUUGGAUAGUACGCCCAUGAUAAAACGUGGAUAUAUUUUUUCCUAAACUCUGGUUAGGUGGCCUCAAUAUUUAUCUUACGUUCUUGAAGUCAGUUUAAUCCCUUUGAAUACGAUGAUGAAGGAAACUCCUAGACACAUGCUAAACACAAGGCUGAGUACACAUACGGACAAUACAGUAAUGAGAAAAUAAAUCAGAAAAUAUCCCAAUAAUUAUUUACAACAUCAUGGUAGUAUGAGCAUGCAUGCAGCUACAAUGUGUAUCGUGAUGACGCCAGUGUGGAGUGUGCGGGUUCACACGAGGUGGGAGUUCGGCUCGACGGCUCUCAGAACGUGUGGGUGCCCAUGGCGAGCUUCGGUCUGGGAUGCCGCCUAAAUGUCAUGGCAGUUGAUUGGGCGCUGGAAGUGAAAUAAAGAAUACAUGUACAUUCAAUGGAUCUAUAACCGGUUUCCACCAUAUUCCAAGAGCGAAUGGAGCUGGUUUUGCCUGGCCUUCAAUGGCAAACCUCAUUUACCCCGAUGCUGUUAUUGUAUUAACCCGUACUUUUGAUGAGCAAUUUAGGGCGCUUACAGACUGUCGUGUCGAGAAUCCAGGAUGCUCAAGCUUAACCGUUAAAAUGUCAAUUGUUUAAGUCAUAAAUUGGGUAUCUGACAGUGGUUGAAAUUGGCCGCAUUUGCCAUGGUAGGAGUGAAAAUAUGAACUCGCCUGCGUACUUUUUUCAAAUGUACUUGACUCACAGAUAUACCCCUAGACUAACAGACACGCACAUGAACCCACAAACAUGCACAGAGACCCACAGACACGAAACAGACCAUCAGACACGCACAGAGACACACAGACACGCAC